AUGCCGACUGCCACGAACGAAGCUCUCGCGGACGAGAAAGAGAAGUCGAUCCUCGAAGAGCACAAGCAGCGCUUCUCCGCGAUGAAGCUGGCGCCCGAUGGUAUCGAGCCUUGCGACGCAAACGGCGAGAAGCUCGUCGCCGGCACGCGCGUCCAGCUCUUCGGCUUACAAGCGCGGCCCGACCUGAACAACACGUACGGCCGCAUUGUCACGUACAAUACCGAACGCGGCCGCUUCGGCGUGCAGCGCGAGGAAAUGCUUGAACGCAAAGGCCAGAUCACGUUCGAUUGGGUGGACAUGGAGAGAUGGGCCCAGGUGGCUUCAGCCCCCUCCAAGCCACCUGCCCCCCCUCCCUCGCCACACGAGGAGGGCUGGAGCACGUGCGCCACCUGGGCCUGGGCAGGUGAGCUUCGCCGACGCCGCUGGGCAGACGCGCGGAAGAAGGCGCGGCUCCUCGAGGCGGAGCUGAGUGCGCUCAUAGACAGCCACGUCGAGAUUGACUGCCUCUGCUGUGCUCGCGACGACGGCGAGCGCGUGCGCACGUCGCUCCAAGGCGCGAGCUGUGUCUGGGUGACGGGUGGUAACACCUUUUAUCUCUGGCACCACAUGCGCUCUUCUGGUUGCGCCGACCUCGUCCAGCAGCGAGUCGCCGAGGGCGUGCUCUAUGUCGGACAGUCGGCAGGCUCCAUCGUCGCUGGUGAGUCAAUCGAGACGGCCUUCUGGAAGGGGUGGGACGACCCCGACGUCGUUCCCGGCGUGGAGUGGUCUGCGGAGACGCUAGAUGCAAUGAGCUUGGCCCCCGACCACCUCUUCUUCCCUCACUACUCUCCGGAGUUCGAGCCGCUCGUGCAGAGAGAGCGAGUGAAGCUGCCACCAACUACCGCGGUUGUCGCCCUUGCUGACGCCGGGCCUGCUUAUGUGGUGGGCGACCUUGCGAGCGAGGCGAGUGCAGAUCCUUGUGCGUCUCAGAAGUAG